UUAUACAAAAUAAAGCGUCAUCAAACUUUGGGCACGCACAAGGUAGCGGUUUCAGCGCAUCUGUGGACGAAUUUGCUACACUCUACGCAUAAUAACCUUUCACAAUGCCAGCUAUCAAGCUAAAGAAGGCGACCCAAGAAUAUUUGGCAGAAAAAGAGAGGGAGAAAGAGGCUAAGGCUGCGGCCAGUUUAGCUGCUGCAGCACCACCACCACCACCACCAGUUGAGGAGCCACCAGCACCCAAAGCUGUUAAACCAAAGGCCAAGUUCCUUGAGGCAGAGGUCUUGUUUGAGAAGCGCAAACGUACUAUCCCACCUGCAGAGCUUAGGGCAGGGACAUGGCUAGACGACAACCUGGAGGUGAAGGAGGGCAUUAAUGUUUCACUGGUGGCUCUGUAUGACUACUACACAGAAACAUGUGUACUGGAGGAGGGCAAGGUGGUGGACGUCCCAGUGUUUAACCGGUUGGUAAAAGAUAAAUUUGGUAAGGACUAUGGCAUAAAGGAAGAUUCUGCAUUAAAAGGACUGGUGAAAGAUCGAAAACACUCUGAUAAAAAACCAAAGGUGCAAGCUGAAUCUCUCAACCUCAAGAUGAAGGACAUUUUGGAGGAGAUAAUCAAUGAAGCUAAGAACCCAAACAGGGGUUUACGGUUUCAAACAUUAAAGAAGAACAUCAGUGCAAAGUAUCCAGCCCUCCAACUAGACAUGAAACCACAGAAAUUGUUAUCUGCUCUCAACAGGGGCCUUUCGUAUGGGCACCUUGAACUGGUAAGGGGUACAGGUAAAUGUGGAUUCUAUAGGCUACCAGGUGAAAGCACAGCAGAGGAAGACAUGAAGAAAGAAACAAAAGAAAAGGAAAAAAAGCAAAAGAAAGACAAAACGGACAAAGAAAAUGAUGGCACAGCAGCUGAAGGUGAGGAAGACAAAGGAGAUGAUGUACCAGAAAAGGAACCAGAGAAGGAACAUAAGUCUAAGAAAGGCAGGAAGAGGAAGAGGAAAUCUGAGGAGUCCGAGGCAAAAGAGGAUGGAGAGAAAAAAGAAGAAGAGGCAAAAGAAGAAGAGGCAAAAGAAGCAAAAGAGGCAAAAGAGGGAGAGGCAAAAGAGGGAGAGGAUGGAGAGGCACCCAAGAAAAAAACAAGGAAAUCGAAGAAAAAUAAAGAUAAAAAAAAGAAAAACUCUAAAAAAAGUGCAUGGCGAGGAACUGCAUCUAUGCACAGUGAUCCCCAGUCAGUGUCAGAUACAUUCUCCUUGGCCAUUACCUACAUGAGUGAUCCCAAGGACGCCUCUAUCACUAAGAUCAAGAAGUACAUAGCGGAUCACUACCCAGAUUCCAAUAUGGAUACCAAAUUAAAGAAGGCAUUGGAAAAGGGAGCGGAGAAAGGAAUAUGGGAACAGGUGUCUGGGAGUGGUGGUACAGGAAAGUUCAGGCUGCUGGCCGAGGACUUCAAUCCCAGCGAAGCCAAAUCUAUGGAAGACAUGGUAUGUCAAGCAAUUGUAGCAUGUCACGAACCCAAGCAAGCGUCUGCUGGCCUCAUCAAGAAAUACAUCAUAGAGUACCACCCGGAAUUUGGCAUUGAUAACAAACCACACUUGUACAAAGGCGCACUGAAGAGGGCAUGUUUAAACAAAAAGAUAAAACAAUUGUCAGGAAUUGGAGCAUCAGGAUCGUUUCAGCUGGUGAGUUCGUUUUACCCCUCACCAGCCAUUUUAGCUGGCGAUGCUGACGCAGAGGCGGAGGAAGCAGCAGUGGAAAGAGAAGAUGAUAAUGAGGAAGUUUACCAAGAAAUGUACGUCGUCCGUAAAACCAAGUCUGGGCGCGGAGGGAUCCCAGUUACUGUUCUUGCGAAAAAGCAAAGAAGGCGCUGACAUCAUCACUCAUCAGAAUGGAAUUUCCAUCGACUCAUUGUUGUCAUUCUUUCCCAAUUUUGAAGUCAUCUUAAUAUUGUAUAAAACUCAUAAGAGAUGUUUGACAAUUACUUCAUAUACAUAUGGCAAGCAAUGAAAGCAUUAUUUUGUCAACCUAAUUGUUAUAUUCGUAUAUUAUAUGUUAAGUAUAUUAUCAGGUUUUCAUUUUUACUGUUUUUGUUUUGCAUACCAUGCUAUACAAUUGUAUUUGAAAAUGCCAAACUUUUAAUUAUUUUGUUGUAAGAAAUGGAAAAAAAAUCUGCUUUUAUAAUGAAGUUUUAUAGUUUGGAUAUGUUUUACAAAUAUUCUAAAAUAGGCAAACUUUUUCUUAAUUGUAUAUCAACAUGGUUGAUUUGAUCUAUUUUCCUCUUAAUUGUUUUAGCCAAGAAAGGCAUACCAUAAUUAUUUCUUGUUCACAGCCUUUGCCAUAUCCUUGUAGGUUAUUUUAACUUCGUUUUAAUGAUCAAUAUGGGAAUUAAUUUUACAGUAUUACCUUCUAAGAAAUUGAGUUAUUAGUUCAUAUUUUUAAUGUUUUGUAAAUAGAUUGUCUUUUUAAGUUUUACGAGGCCAGGACACAUGUUUUCUUAAGAAUAUUAAAAUCUGUUCCAUUUCCUUGGUAAGAAUGAACUGAAGGACUUUUGAUCAUGUAUAUUUCAGUAGAAAUUUGUAUGCUGAUAAUGACAAUGAUGUGAUUCUGAUCGUGAAAGAUUAAUUUUUUAAAGUUUAAGCACAGUAUGAUAAAUUUUACGAAUAUUUAUUGUACUAAACAAAAGAUACUUUGAAUUCUCUAUCAACUUGUUGUUCCUUUUAUGAUGUUAAAGUUAUAAGAUUAAAUGCUAGCCAUAUUUUCCGUAGUAGAUAUACUUUCCAAAUCUAUGUUGCAUUUAGUAAUUGAAAUAUAAUUUGAUAAAGUUUUGGUAUUCUCUGAUAUGUACUUCAAGUAUAUUGUGAGCUGUUUUAUUUCCAUUCGUGGUGCUAAGAAAAUGCUGGCAGAUGUUCCAAAGAUCACAAUUGGAUUUUGGUUGGUUAAAUUGAUCCUAAAUGUUAACCAAACAUGUUUCAGGGUACUGUAUAGCGAUAUAUAUCUUGGAAGUGUUUACGUCUUACAGCAUUUUGAUCAGAAUUAGUGAACUAAUGGGCCAUUUAAAUAGUCUACCAAUGAUCUGUCACAUUGUUAAGGGCUAUUCCAUUAUUAAUUUAUGGGGUAGAUCAGGUGGGAGGCUCCAGUUUUACAUGAAAUAUAUUAUGGGUGGUGGGGUUAAAACCAGAUCUGUCUACCAUUCAUUAGAUUAAAAUGCAUUUAAGAUUUUAUGGGUGGUGAAAAAGUGCCUCCCAACCCUCCCCUAUGGUUAAUUCUGAAAUAGCCCUAACUUUAUCCUGACAAAAAAAUAUUUGCGAUUUGCAAAUUAAUGUUAUUAAAUAUUAAUUAAGUGAUCUUGUUAUAAAGCCAGAAGGUGUAGUUUGGGGCUUAAGUAGGCCCAAGAAUAAAAAAAAUGUAGGUAACAGGGGUCACAAAAAGCGGUUUUCUUGGUUGUUAUACAUAAAUAUAGCACCAAAUCAUGAUGCCUGCAUUAAACUUGAAAAUCAUAUCUGUAGCAGGGAGAUUAGAAUGUGUUUAUACAUUAAGUACCAGUAUGUGUAUAUUUGACUUUAAUACCAUCAAGCAAAGAAUUAUCUGAAAGAUGUACAUGUGAAGUGAGAAUAUAUUAGCAGAGCAUCACCAGUGUUGUAAACACCUACGGAAGGGCAUUAGGGAAUGUGUAUGAUUGCCGUAUUGAGACCUGAAGUAAUAAUCAUUAAGUUUCAUUUUCUAUAGAUUUUUGCUAUUAACCAUCUACUACUACAAAUUAAACCAACUCCAAAAACCUUUUUGUCAACAUUUUUAAGUCAUGAUAUUGUUAACUUUAUGUUUAUUUUUAUUUCAAAAUAUGCCAAAAUUGUAUCAUGAAUUGUGUCAAAAUUGUACCAUUAUGAAGGGGAAAGACAAAACGUUAAAAUAGGUGGGCAAUAUUUUUUUCAACUUUUGAAGAACAAAUUAUUUCAAUGACUCCUGAAUGAAAACAUGGUAUCCUCAUUGUUGCUUGGCCAUCCUACAAAUAGCUGUUUUGUUGUAGUGAUAUGGAGACAUUCUUGAUAUAUAUAUAAUUUUGAUGUUUAAUGAGUAUUCAAUUUGAUGCAGGUCAUUUAUUUUUAUUCAUCUAUCUUUAUACACAUUUAGCUGUUCGACUGCCAGUUUUUAGUGUUUUGACUAUGUGUACGAGGUAGGGUUCAUAUGUUUUCCAUGUAGUUUUAACAUUUUUAUUUGUACCAGAAUCAUUGUUCAACCUAUCAUCAGAAACAAGGACAAGGGAAAUCAUGUGAUGUUUUGUUUAAAUUGGAAAGAAGACGGUUGAUAAUAAUUAUUAGUUUUUUGUUCCAUCAAGGUAACCUGUUAACCAGUGUAUGCUUUUAUUUCAUGAUUUUCAUGAUUUCAGUGUAGUUCACACCAUGCUCAUUUUCCAUCCAUGCAUUUAAAGCACAGGGGCUAGGCAAAGCGGUAUGAUGGUUGCAAGAAUUAUUUGAUACCAAGAAACUUUUGCCCUUCACUGGUAAAAUCCAUAUUUUCCAAGUUUUAAUUUCGCUCUCACAUUUGAUUACUAUGUAUAUGAUGUUGAUUUCUAAAAUUUGCUUUUAUGAUGAUUUCGCUCUCAUUAAGAAAGACACAAGUUAAAUUACAGCGAAUAUUCCCUGGUAUAUAUUAUACAAAUGUAUAAAUUAUUCUUGCAACCGUCACAUCAAGUUGUCUGGCCCCUGUGAUCCUAAGACAGUAUAGAGGGAGCUAUACGAUUAAAACGGAAAGGCAGCAGCAGAGAUAUAUAAGAAUUGUGUUCAUUAUACAUUAUACCUAUUCACUAAUUGUAUUGUCAGUAAAUGGUGUUGUAUUAUGUGGUAGAAUCUUCCAUUAUUUGCUAAAUUCUCAAGAUCUUUUUUUUGUUUUUGAUGAAGAGACACAAGUAAUAUUAUUACAUGUACAUGUAUUUUGAAUGUAUAUAUGAGAAUGGAGAUAUCUUUUGGAGGGAUUUUAGUUGUUUUGUUUAUAAACAAUGAAGAUUCAUCUUCUCAAAUUGAUGUAGAAAUAUUUGAAACUUUCUGUCAGAUUCAGUAUUCCUAUUUUCAUUGAAAUGUUUUAAUAUGUGUUUCAUCUUUCAGAUUCAAAACAAUUUACACUUACCAUCAUUGUGCACUGAAUAAUGUCAUUCACAGCGAAUUGACUAUUGACAGAUUUAAAAAAAAAUGUUUUUGGACAAAAUGUCUGUGUGGGUGAAUAAAAGUAUUGCUGUCAGCAAAAUCUGAAAUUGGCAAGUAUCUAAAUUGUAUCUUGGGUAAUAUUUUUUGCAGUUCCUAUCUGCUAUACCGUGGGGAAAUACAAAGUAGUGUUGGUUGGUCUUUGGUGAAUGUAAAACUUGUCACUGCUUCAUACUAUAUUGAAAAAGAUAUCAAUAACACCAAUAACAUUUUUUUUUCCGGGGUGGUUUGAAGGAUUGAAGAACUGGAAGUAGGCCCCAGACAUUUUGAUUGACUUGUGACUGUUACCUGGUCACAUUAUAGGGAAUAUGUGUACAAAUCAUGCAUGCUGAUGAUUUCUGUGUGAGCUUUUUGUGUUUUGUUGCAGUAUUACCUACAUUUAAUGUUAGUGGACUGAUUAGCGGUAUAAACAUUUGUACACGGCCAAUCUAGCUGUAUAGACCUGGCCGUCUAGUAUAAACAUGUCAUAGUUAACGGCAAUAAAAUAACGUGACAUUCA